ACAACAUCUCGUGAUACGUCGACAGACCGUCACGCAGCGGUUUGGAUGAGCUAAAAGCUCAAAACAAGCUGCGUAUUUAAAAAAAAAAAAAAAUUCUCACAGACGUAGAGCUUUUUUUUUGUUUAACCCAACACGAAGGAGAUGCUUCAGUGAGCUGCUGUUUUUGAGAAAUUAGCAAAAUGUCAGGGAACAAUCUGGUUCUACCCAUUGUUCUCUGGGGCCGUACAGCUCCGACCCACUGUAUCAGCAGCCUGUUGGUGAUGGACGACUUCAGCACAAUCAUUACUGGCUGCCAUGAUGGACAAAUCUGCCUUUGGGAUAUGACAUCGGAGCUGCAGAUUUGUCCCAGGGCCAUGUUAUUUGGUCACACAGCUUCUAUCACCUGUCUGUCUAAAGCCAGCGCCUGCAGUGAUACACAAUACAUUGUCAGCGCAUCAGAGAGUGGGGAGAUGUGUUUAUGGGAUGUAAAUGAUGGUCGCUGUAUUGAAUUUACCAAACUGGCUUGCGCUCACACUUGCAUACAGUUCUAUCAGUUCACUAUUGGCACUCAGCGAGAAGGUCGUCUGCUCUGUAUUGGCCAUUACCCUGAGAUUCUUGUGGUAGAUGCCACCAGUCUGGAGGUGCUAUACUCGCUGGUGUCUAAAAUCUCCCCUGACUGGAUCAGUUCCAUGAGCAUUAUCCGAUCACACCGCACACAAGAGGACACAGUUGUGGCAGUGUCUGUGACAGGCAUUUUAAAGGUUUGGAUGAUCACAGCAGAGGUCAACAGGAUGCAGGAACUAGACCCCGUGUUUGAAGAGGAGUCCAAACCAAUCUACUGUCAGGGCUGUCAGAGUAUUUCGUUCUGUACCUUCACUCAGAGCAGCCUGCUGGUUGUCUGCUCCAAGUUCUGGAGGGUUUUUGAUGCAGGUGACUAUUCACUGCUCUGCUCCGUGCCCAGUGACAAUGACAGGGCCUGGGCUGGGGGAGAGUUCAUUGCAGCAGAUAAAGUCAUCCUCUGGACUGAAGAUGGCUGCAGUUACAUCUAUAACCUACCAGCGAGUUGUCUACCUGCUAGUGUACAUUUCCGAAGUGAUGUGGGCAAAAAAGAAGGUUCAGUACCACCAUUGAUCUACAGCAUCGAAAAUGUAACAGACAAACAGCUCCUGAUUUGUCCACCUGUGACUCGGUUCUUCUUUGGGCGACGGGAACCCUUCUCUAAGUUACUGAUCCAGGGAGACUCUGCAGGCCGACUGUCUCUGUGGAGUAUGCCAGACUCCUCACCUCCAUCCCCACUGUCAACUCCGACAGAGCUGCAGCUCUCAUCCACCAUCAGCCUUCAAGAGGCCUUUGAUAAAUUGAUUCCUGUGUCUUCUGGUAUCAUUGACCAGCUCAGCAACCUGCCUAGCAAAGAGGAACCCAUCAAGGUGACGGCUAGUGUCUACAUUCCCUCCCAGGGUCGACUCGUGUGUGGAAGAGAAGAUGGCAGUAUUAUUUUGGUUCCUGCUACACAAACUGCCAUUGUUCAGUUGCUACAGGGAGAACACAUGCUUAGAAGAGGAUGGCCACCCCACCGUACACUCCGAGGUCACAGGAAUAAGGUGACAUCUGUCCUGUAUCCGUACCAGUUAUCUCCCCGCUACGACCAGCGCUCUUUAGUGUCAGGAGGGGUGGACUUCUCUGUCAUUGUGUGGGACAUUUUCACUGGUGAGAUGAAGCACAUUUUCUGUGUCCAUGGAGGAGAGAUCACUCAGCUCAUUGUCCCACCAGAAAACUGCAGCACUCGAGUGCAGCACUGCAUCUGCUCUGUUGCCAGCGACCACUCGGUUGGCCUGCUCAGUCUUAGGGAAAGGAAGUGCAUCAUGCUUGCAUCACGGCACCUGUUUCCAAUCCAAAUCAUCAAAUGGCGCCCCGCAGAUGACUACCUCGUUGUUGGAUGCUCUGAUGGCUCCGUUUAUGUCUGGCAGAUGGAUACAGGGGCUCUGGACCGCUGUGUGAUGGGUAUAACUGCUGUAGAGAUACUCAAUGCCUGUGAUGAGUUGGCUCCGGCCACCGUGGAUGCCUUGGGCCAUUCGGCAGUGAACCUGAAGCAGGCAAUGACUCGCCGGAGCCUGGCGGCACUAAAGAAUAUGGCUCAGCACAAACUGCAAACACUUGCCACCAAUCUGCUGGCGGCAGACAAUGCUGACAAGGGAAACCUACCCAAAUACUCUCACAACGCACUGGUGGUCCAAGCAAUGAAGACCAACCUCACGGACCCUGACAUGCAUGUCCUAUUCUUUGACGUGGAAGCAGUGAUCAUCCAGUUGCUGACAGAAGAAGCUCAGAGGCCAAAUCCCAUGCUGGUGUCCCCUGAGACGCUUCAAAAAAGCCAAGCUGGGGCUGACAAGGGAGGCUCUUUCCUGGCCAACAAGAUUUUCAAGCAGGUAAAGGAAACUAUGAAAGAGACCAUUAAGGAGCACCUGCUGGAUGAAGAUGAGGAAGAGGAGGAGGAGAUGAGAAGGCGUGAGGAGAAAUCAAAGUCACUGAGUCUUCUGGAGUACAACCUGACAAUGGACACAGCCAAACUCUUCAUGUCCUGUUUGCAUGCCUGGGGCCUGAACGAGCAGCUGGAUGGUAUCUGUCUCGAGAGACUCGGCAUGCUCAGGCCUCACUGCCCCAUCUCUUUUGGCUUAAUCUCCAGAGGAGGUCACAUGUCCCUCAUGCUGCCCACCUUUAAGGAGUCUUUGCUGCGGCAGUUGUCCCUUGCAACAGGUCGGAAGCUGACGUUGUCAGACAUUGUUGGCAAGGGGACAUACGGUGUGUCAAGGGCGGUCACUACACAGCACCUCCUGUCCGUUAUCUCUCUGGCCAACACUCUGAUGGGCAUGACCAAUGCCACCUUUGUGGGUGAGCACAUGAAGAAGGGACCAUCCAGGCCUCCCAGACCAGGAGGAACCCCGGAGAUUCCUCGUAGGACGCCGGGCACACCUCCUCAGACCUCCAACCCGGCACUACAAGCUCAGAUCAAACAAGGUUGGAGCCAGCUGGCAGCAAUGCACUGCGUAAUGCUCCCUGACCUUUUGGGUCUGGAUAAGUUUAGACCUCCACUACUAGAGAUGCUGGCUAGAAGAUGGCAGGACCGCUGUCUGGAGGUGCGCGAAGCAGCACAAGCUUUACUGUUGGCUGAGUUGAGAAGGAUUGGCCAAUCAGGGCGUAAGGACACCAUUGAUUUGUGGGCACCUUACCUGCCUCAAUAUGUAGACACAGUCAGCUCCCCUGGCACAUCUACUGAACCGUCAACUCCAGCCCAGCCCCCUCCUGAAGCUCAACCACUUGAGGUCAAGGCUCCUGAAGAGGAAAUGGAUGUUACCGAGGACGACAUCACUGCAGGCUGCCUCUCAAACCUUCCACCAAAUGCCAAAAAGAUCUCCAAUUCAUAUGAGGAGCGCCGGAAACAGGCCACCGCCAUUGUCCUGCUGGGUGUCAUCGGGGCCGAGUUUGGGGCCGAGAUUGAACCUCCAAAAGGUGCAGCACGUACUCGAGCCGGUGGACAGGUCCCUGAAGGCUUUGGACCAACAAGUGGCGGUUCCUCAAACUAUUCCCUAGCAAGACACACAUGUAAAGCAUUGACCUUCCUGUUGCUCCAGCCUCCUAGCCGAAAGCUGCCACCACACAGCACAAUCCGCCGCACUGCUAUCGAUCUGAUCGGCCGAGGCUUCACCGUGUGGGAGGCAUACAUGGACGUGUCCGCAGUGCUCAUGGGAUUGCUGGAGCUCUGCGCCGAUGCAGAGAAGCAGCUAGCCAAUGUUACCAUGGGUUUGCCGCUUAACCCACCAGCAGAUUCGGCUCGCUCAGCCCGACACGCCCUCUCUCUUAUCGCAACUGCCCGGCCGCCUGCUUUCAUCACCACCAUUGCAAGAGAGGUCCACCGGUACAAUGCAGCCCAGGCUAACUCUCAAUCACAGCAGAAUGUUCACACCACCACUUUGGCUCGAGCCAAGACUGAAAUAUUGAGAGUGAUUGAUAUCCUGAUCGAGAAGAUGCCUGGAGAUGUUGUAGACUUACUUGUUGAGGUGAUGGAUAUAAUCAUGUACUGUAUUGAAGGUUCUCUGGUGAAGAAGAAGGGCCUACAAGAGUGUUUUCCUGCUAUUUGCAAGUUCUACAUGGUGAGUUACUGCGACCGCAGUCAUCGAAUUGCUGUUGGAGCUCGUCAAGGUUCAGUGGCUCUCUACGAUGUUCGCACUGGAAAAUGCCAGAAUAUCCAUGGUCAUAAGGGUCCAAUCACAGCGGUGUCAUUUGCCCCUGAUGGGCGUUACCUGGCAACAUACUCCAACGCUGACAGUCACAUCUCUUUCUGGCAAAUGAACACCAGUCUUCUGGGUAGCAUUGGGAUGUUGAACUCGGCCCCCCAGCUUCGCUGCAUUAAGACUUACCAGGUGCCGCCGGUCCAGCCGGCAUCUCCCGGCUCCCAAAAUCACAUGAAGCUCGCCCGCCUGAUCUGGACUUCCAACCGGAACGUCAUCCUGAUGGCACAUGAUGGCAAGGAGCACCGCUUCAUGGUUUAAAUGGGAUACUGUCAGUACUGUGAGGUUUAGUUCUGGUUCUUAUAUUGAUCACACCAUCAGCAUCCAGCUUCAUGGUUAUUGUGGAUUUACUGUGAAGAAGGAAUUCUUCUGGGCAUUGACAUUUUACUUUUAAAAUCAUGUAGAGUAAGGCUGAGAUUGAAGGCUGAAUAAAAGCAGCAACUAAACCGUUUUAAAACGAAAGAUCCCACUCUAAAUUUAGGUUUAUCUGUGUGUGUGUGAGAGUGCGCGCGCGUGUGUGUGUGUGUGUGUGUGUGUGUGUGUGUGUGUGUGUGUGUGUGUAAAAAAAAAAAAAUAUAUAUAUAUAUAUAUAUAUUGUUUUAUCUUCCACAGUGUUACUCAUGAAGGAGCUCACUUGAUCAUAUAUUUAUUUACUGAAACACCAGGCUUACAUUCUAAUUUACAUACAUGUCAUUUUAAUUAUUUAUAACUUCUUGUCAUUCCUAAUUAUGUUUGUUUCCCUCUUUAGUAUUUGAUGUCACUCUUUAUUAUGAUAGGAAAUAAUUUUUUCCAUUGUUGAAUUUUUUAGGAAACUCUUUGUUUUUUUUGUUUUUUAGAAUUUGAUAAAUUAUUUCACUUGACAUAUGGGAGUAGAUAGAGUUGCAAGUGGGUGCUGUUAAAAUACAAGUUGUGGUUUGAUCCCGUAUCCCUUCAUGUCAUCAUCCAUUGCUUUGGCUCUUGUUGCAGAAUGGGUCAACAUGUAGAGUGGUCAUUUCUUAAAUCUUAUAGGUCACAUCAACUAAACGGAGUUGUCAUUAUAGGGCAUGUUAAUCUGAAAACAUCCACAAUCAUUGUCGUGCAACCGAGAAACACUCGUAACACGAGUCCAUAUUACCAUUAUUUAACAUUUCAAUACAAGCCCACAAAACAUGAGUGAGAUGCUUCCUACAGGAAUCUUUGCUGUUUCAUACAUUUACAUAUUAGCCCAUCUUAAAGGGGGGAAAAAAGUCAUUUUGAAUUUAGUACUCUUUACAUUACCAGUCCUCAAAUCAUGUUAAAUGUAUAAAAAUAUUGCUUGAUAUUCAGAUAUAUAUUUUCAGGAAAUAGGAUGUUUUUUUUGUGAUGCUGAGGACACGUGCUUCCCCUUGUUGCCACUUGAUUUUUUUUUUCGUUGCAACUGCAUCACUUCUGCUGAGUAGAUUAAAUCGCUACAUGUACAGUAUUUAUAGUGGAUCUUCCGUGUAAUGUAGUCAAGUAUAUAUCUUGCCAGUGUCUUAUUUGUCUCUUGUUGAAUGUGAUUGUCUGAAUGCCUGUCUUGGAAUUACUUGUAAUUAUUCAGUUUUCACGUUUAAACAAACAAAUGCACUAGUUUGACUCCAUAAUCACAUUUGAAAUAGCUUCCCACCAUGUGUUUGUCAGUUGCCAGUGCAGCUUUACUAUGCAUGAACAACACGAAAAUGGUACACACACUGAAGUCUCAGCCACUUUGGAAAGAAAGUAAGUGAUAAAGAUGUUGACGUAUGGCCAUCUUCUCACUGACACUUGUUGCAUGCAAUGACAUUUAUUUUUUUGAUGUUUUUUGGGGUGGGUGGACAAAUGGUCUGGAUCUUUUUGCCUCACGAUGUUUAGUUUCAUGUAUUUUUAUGCACAGAGAGGAAUAUUCAUGGAUGUGUGCAUACAAUAGAUAUAUAAAGUGAUGGAUACGUUUUGAAUUGUAAACUCAUUUAGGCUGUGUGAUAUUUGUUAUUGGAACUGAGUUUGGCUCUUUAUGUUAAUCAAUUAUCCUUCCACUCUCCCUACUGUCCUUGUUCCUCCCUCAAACUCCUGUCAGUUUUCAUUGAUGGUGUCAGAAAGCUUCUAAAAGUGCUACACACCUGUAAACACAAGUGUUAAAGCUUUUCACAAGUUUCUUCUCAAUUUAGAGGGGAAAUAAAAAUCAUCCAGUAACUCAUCAGACUGCUCCUGAAACCUCCUCACCAGGACAAAUACUAAGUUUUUGUGAUGUAAUGAAAUUAAACCAAGAUCAAUUGCAGUGUAUGAUAGCAUAAAAACAUUCAGGUUCCGAUAAGAAAGCAAAAAUGUCAAGAAAAGUCUACUACAACCCCUGAACUUCAUCAGAGAAAAUUUAAAUGGUGAGCAAAUCCCAUUUAACAUUGGAUUUAACCUUAUUGGGGAAUUGUGAAGACAAGCACAUCCCUAUUUUUAAGAGGGUCUGUACACCUGUGCAACCACAGUUUCUCCCCCCCCCCCUCAAAAAUUGUUUGUUUUUCAAUUGCAUGAUACAGAUUAUGGGUGACAUUAAUGGUGGAAAAAGUCUUGAAAUUUUCACCUUGGUUUUAUUUUUGGGGGAAACACAAAAACAUGGCAUUUGUACAGGUGAGUGUAGAUUUUUAUAUCCACUCUAGGUCCAAGGAGUAUUGAGAUCUUAAUCUUUGGUUUUCUGCAGCAUGUUCAAGUGUUUGAAAAGAGCUGUUUUUGUCAGCCUCUCAAGGGAGAGAAGGUGAGAAAACGAAGGCAAACGCUGAAGAGUAAGUAACAAGUGAGGAAGCUCAGUCAUCCAAAAAAUGGGAAAACAUUCUUUGGUAAAGGAAGUGAACCGAAAAACUUAAGUGGCAUGACGCAAUGUGGUGAAAAUCUUCCAGGUUACAACAAAUGAUUUAACAUUUUAUUCCAUUCAACUGUAUUGACAUUGACAAAGAUAAUUUUAAGUCCAUUUUAUCAACUUAUUUCUUUGAAAUCUCCUCACCUUCUUCAUAUUAAUUGUCCAGACAAAAAAAAAAUGGAAUUACAUCAAAAUGUGUCAUCUUUGACCUUCCUCCUGAAAUCACAGUGCAGUAAAAUAUAUUGGCCUCCCAUUGAAGAUUUUAUUGUUUAGUUUUAAUCGCUUUGCAUUAGUUUCUAUCUUACAUGUUUGAGGGUAACAAACAUGUCAUAAAGGGAUGAUUCAUUCAGGGCCAUUGUAUUAUACUGUAUCAGUCUACCUUAUCAAGUGACUUGUGUUCUUGUGCUGUAAGAAAAUUAACUUGCGUGUGUGUAUAGUGCAUGCAUGUGACUCUCUCCGUAAUCCAGUGUAUCAAAUGUGUAGUGGUAAAAUGUGUUCUUGUUGUGACCAUGUGAGUAAUAAAGAUGGAAAUCAGAUCGUA